GGCAGCUCGUAGCGCGCGCCCGGAGCGGCGGCGCGCCUCGGGGGGCUGUAGGGCUUCGCGCCGGUUGGAGUGGACGCCGCCGCGGUCGCCAUGCAGCUAACAGUGAAGGCGCUCCAGGGCCGCGAGUGCAACCUGCAGGUGUCGGAGGACGAGCUGGUGUCCACGCUGAAACAUCUGGUCUCCGAGAGGCUGAACGUCCCCGUCCACCAGCAGCGGCUGCUGUUCAAGGGCAAGGCCCUGGCAGAUGGGAAAAGACUCUCGGAUUACAGCAUUGGGCCCAAUUCCAAGCUCAACCUAGUGGUCAAACCUCUGGAGAAGGUGUUACUGGAAGAAAGCAGCGCACGGACAGUGGCCGAGGCCCCGGCCCCACCCCCGGCCACCUGGCCUCUAAUCUCCAAAGUCCUGGCCCGUCAUUUCAGCGCCGCAGAUGCCAGCAGGGUCCUGGACCAACUCCAGAGGGAUUAUGAGAGGUCCCUGAGCCGCCUGACGCUGGAUGACAUGGAACGCUUGGCUGGCCGCUUCCUGCACCCUGAAGUGACUGAAGCUAUGGAGAAGGGGUUCUCCAACGUCUGCUUCAUCCCAGGCCUCUGCCUCAGGAUCAGAAGAUGGUUGCCUGCAGCUUCCACCAAAUCCCUUGAUCACAGCCAGCAAGGAGCACCUUCCCGACCUGUAGCGUAGCUUCUUUCUCAGAUGCCCCCAGCAAAUAAACG